CUCGCACUGCAGCAAGACGACUCUGGCCGGAGGUGGCCCAAAUGAUUGCCGCCAAUUGCUAAAAUUUAACGUUAUGCCUGAAAUUUUUGCAUAAGUACAGCGGCGCCGACCUUCUAAAAGGGAGUACAAAGCGAGAAAAGGAGACGAUUGGAUCAGAAGCAAUCAUGCUUCAUACUCGGGUUCGGGAAGGAGAUUACACUUCUUUCAUCUAUGACUCGAUUGCUGCGGGAAAAUAUGCGGAAGUGGUUGAGUUCUUGCGUCCGAAGGCUGAACUGGCGCCAAUGUCACAAGCGAUCCAUUCCGUUCUCGGUUGGUGCUACGUGGCGCUGCAAGAUUUUGUCAAUGCUGCCGAUGCUUACGAGCGUUUAACGACCAUCAUGCCGGAAAAUACUUCCUACUGGAUUUGUUACGUUCAGUGUCUGGGUAAAGCUGGAUUUCCCAGUGAAGCUAUGAAGAUCUUGAAUUCAAUUUCAUCACGGAUUGAGCCUGUUGUAUUACUGACACUUCGAGCUGCUAUUCGGUUUCAAGAAGAUGAAACCCGAGAGUGUAAAAAUCUCUUGGAGAAAAUAUCCAACAGCACGCCAACUGUGCAUCAUAAUCAGGGUUGUGCUUUCUUUCAAGACAAAGAAUACAGUGAUGCUGCUGCUAAGUUUUCGCAUGCCCUCGCUCUGGGUGGAUUUCGCGCAAAAACCGCAUAUGCACUGGCUGUGUGCUACUAUGAAAUGAAUGAUAUACGGCAAGCAGUGAAAUACUGCAACGAUGUCAUCGGGAAAGCCUUGUCCAAUAACCCAGAACUGGCACCGCAACCACGAGUUGAUGGGGAAGCAAUGAAAUUCAUCCGAAAUUCUCCAGCUUUGCAAAGCUCCUUUCUGAUUGAAGCCUACAACUUACGGGCAGCGAUAGAGCAUCGUUCGGGAAAUCUUCUGUUGGCCAAGGAUGAACUGAAGAACAUCCCGAACCGUUACGACGAAGACGUGGAUCUGGUGACCUUACAUAAUAAGGCCAUUUUGGAUAGCGAGGCUGACCCAGAGGAAAGCAUUCAGAUGCUUUCUCACGUUGUGUCCCAGCCAAUUUUUCCGAAGGAAGCGCUGCUAAAUUUGAUAACACUGUAUCUCAAGGAGCAGCACUACGAGGUUGCAGCCGAUUUCAUGGCGGAAAAUAUAGAGAUUUGCUAUACUCAGCUGUCAGAGGAUGCGUACAGUUUUUUCGAAGCGUGUAUUAUUCUGCAAACGUCACCAGAAGAAGCUUACCUGCGUUUCGAACAAUUAAUUUCACGCUACCAAGAUCAGUUACGGAAACUAUCUAACCAAGAGAAGCUGCGCCGGAAGGAAAAUGCACUGGAUAAAGUAAAAGCAGUCGAGAGUGAAUUCGACCAAGUGAUUUUGAAGUUGCAAGCAGCGGUCAUGUCGCAGGCAUUGAUGUACUGGGAGCGGAAAAAUUUCGUACAGGUCGAAAAGCAACUGAAGCGCUGCCAUGAAUUUCUAUCCGACCAAGCGACAUGGCGCACUAAUAUGGCUCACGCUCUUUUUAUGAUGGAGAACUACCAGGAAGCGGCGAAAUUUUAUGAAACCAUCACCAGGAACCAGUUAACGGAUCUGCUUAAGGUUAGUCCUAUUCUUUUGGCCAACCUUUGUGUCUCAUACAUCAUGAUCUCCCGCAACGAGGAAGCGGAAGAUAUACUACGGCGCGUGGAAGAAGCCGAAGAGCGGAAUAAACGCAGUCCAGUGCCGGAUGGUGCUUCCGCCGUGGAAAGCAGUUCCUCGUUGUGCUUAAUUAAUCUGGUUGUUGGAACACUAUACUGCAGCAAAGGAAAUUAUCAGUUUGGUAUCAGCCGCAUAUUGCGCAGCUUUGAGCCAUCGGUAGCACAAAAACUAGAUAAAGAAAGCUGGUCGUAUGCGAAACCCGUCAUUCUAGCGGCACUUCAUAAAAUCUCCCAACAUGAAUUCAACAUUGAGCCGGGUGUCAUCCAGGAGUGCAUCGAAUUCCUCAGGCAGUGCGAAGACGUUGGAAAAAUGAUGCCGCUCGACAAUGUGUUAGGCUUAGCAAAACCGACCACAGUUGGAGCAGAAGCCAGAAUCUUAAGGAAGCUGUUCCUAAACUAUGCUGUGAAAUAAUCACUGUAGAAACGGUUACCGAUGCUGAUUGUGGAAACAUUACUUAAAUAGAACCCGGCGAGCUGUUAAUCAGGGAAUUUUUUAUUGCUAGUCAUUUAAUAUUGCGCACACAGUAAUAAUGAGUCUGAUGCAAUUGCCACAAAUUAUUUAAGGCUUCCAGAUGGUUUUGAGCGUCAUUAGGAAUUCUGAAUAAAAGA